CUACACUCCACUUUUAUUGUCAAUUAGGCGUAGAAACGCUUGUUUUUUAGCAGAAUCAAUCGGUCGUAAAUAUGUGAUUAAAACAUAAUUAACUGCAUUAAUUAUCUCAUAAACGCACAUCGUCACAUACAUGUAAUUAUAUAUAUACGCGUACACAACUUUUCAAAUUUUGUGAAUCUGUGUCAUAUUUUGACAGGAUUAAACACCUUUAUCCAACGAACUGACCUAUCAAUCAAAAUCCAGUACGGCAGUAGCUAAGUGACCGUUUUUCCUAUAAUGAUGAUGGUGUUCCGUUUGGGAAGUUUGCAAAAUAAUGUGGUACAGAAUGGCAAAUGAGCAACGAAUGUUUGACCUUUCUGAAAGACUAAUUCGCUCCAUCAACUGCUGCAGUUCGUUUGGAUGCUAUGAGGAUGAUGAUGUAGAAAACCUGAUAGAAAAUGGGGCGGAUGUGAAUCGUCAGCAUGGCACCCUGCUUCCCCUGCACUGUGCCAGCAUGGUCAGCGACAGCUACGUGCUGAGACUGCUUCUCAAAAAGGGAGCCAGGGUGAAUGACUAUGAUGGCUAUGAGAGGGCUGCACUGCAUUACGCAGCUGAGCGUGAUGUGUUCUGUGUUGAGCUCCUACUGGAGAGCGGGGCAGACAUCAACAUCCCCGACGGCAACUGUGACACGCCUCUUCACUGGGCAGCCUUCAAGAACAACAUACAGUGUGUGAAGCUGUUGCUCCAACGAGGGGCCAAGGUAGACCCACUGGACUUUAACAAUGAUACACCAUUAGCUUGGGCAGCAAGGAAAGGUCACGUGGAGGUCAUCAGUGUCCUCCUGGACUAUAAUGCCGAUCCCCACAUAGAGAACCUGCGCGGUCUCACCCCAGUCGACAAGUGUAUCCAGGUUCAGAUCAGUGGACUCAAUACAGACAAUGACAAUGACUGCCUGGGGCUCAUGCUUCGAGCCUCCUGGAAACUUGAACUGACAGAUGCACAGCAGGAGUCUAUUAAAGGGGAUAAUCGCCUCAGUGACUUGUUGUUACCAGGAUUGUCUCCGAGCCCGCUACAGAGCCAUUGUCGCUAUCUAAUACGCAAGGCGUUAGGGUGCAGAUUUUUACCCAAUGUUGUCCCUAAACUUCCUGUUCCACAGAGACUUCAAGAUUUUAUAUCACUGAAAUGCUGAGGCAAUACAAAUAUUUCAGCACUCUGUCCUUUUCAACUUUAAUUUUCACUCACAUUGUCUAUUUUCAGACAAAUUUAAACGGCUUUGAGACAUUGAUAAAAGUAAAUUUGCUUGAAAGUUUGAGACGAAAGCUGAUUGCACAGAUGAUCGGCCUCGAGCUCAGACUGCAACAGUUGCUUGUAAUGCAUAGGUUCUGAUUCUCCUCUCAUGCAGUCAAUAAAACAUCACUUACUAGCAAAGAACCAGAAUGAAAACAAAUUACGGAAAUAAUAAUUGCAUUCCAUACAUAUUUGGGACACAAUUACAUCAAUAUGCACAUUUUAUGAGAGUUUAUUGACAUUUCCUAUUUGUCUUAUACCUUUGUUCAGCAAUAUUAUUUUACAUGUUAUCUUUUAAUGUAUCAAGUAAUUUUAUAAAUCCCCCUUUUAACUUUGAUUGAUUCAGUGUAAUUGUUAUCAUUAGGAGUAAUGACAUCAUUGUCACAGGUAGUAUUUGUGUGUUUGUACUUCCUAUUCAAAUCAGACACUUUUCCAAAGCACUGUAAUAUGUGAAUAUAAAAAUCUUCAAUCAACAAA